CAGCGCAAUCUCCUUUCCUCGUGCUACUCUUUCAGUAUUGCGCUUUCCCCUCUCGCUGGUCCCGACAGCCACGGCUUGCCUGCGCCGCCGUUUCACCAAAAAGCUUCUCUUGCCUGUCGUCCUCGCGCGGAUUAACUCCCAUCUGACCUCGAACCGCUCGUCCUCUCCUACGUCAGGAGUAUAUCAAUCACCCACUCUAUCCGCUUGGUCUUUGCGCAGUGGUAUUGCAGCUAUCCAACCAUGAGCGCUCCUCAGCAACCCCUUCCCUACGCCUAUCCCGGCGGCGUAACGCCGGGUCCGUCUGACGGUCAAAACUCGCCCCAACUGCCGGUCAAUCUGGCUUCCAACAAUCCCUUUAGAAACCGUGCACUGUCGCCUGCCGUCAAUUCUGCCCCUCGUCCCGAGCGGCCAACCUCGACCAACCCUUUCCUUGACGACUCGGAUGCCAUUUCUCCUCAAUCUGCUCCAGGUGCAAGCAUGAUGUCGCCUCCGAUGCAGCCUCUUCAGCAGCCUCUGCAACCGGUUAAGCCGGUCCAACCCGUGCCGCAAGAAGUCAUGGGAAACACCAGCGAUCUUUUUGCUAGCUUGUCGCUCAACCAGGCCCCGCAGUCCAAUGGUCACCGACCGCCCCCUCCUCGUCCGGACGAUAGACUCAAGCAGAGACCUACCACCAGCCGUCGUCCCAAAGAUCACCCGUCUCGCCGUGAGAAAGAUCCGUUGGACAUUUUCGCUGAUCCGCCCGCUUUGACCAAGUCCAACACCACCCACGGAGGCCGGGAGCGGGAGCGUCGACCCCGUCGGAACUCGGAAUCCUCCGUCAUGGAGCGACCCAAGGCCAUGGACCCUGAGGAGGAGCGACGACGCAGAGAGAGGCGUCGCCGUGACCGUGAGGCCCGCCACCGCGAUGGCAAGCCUCGCUCCAAGAAGGCCAACUAUCACAUGGAUAUCAUUGAUAAGUUGGACGUCACCAGCAUCUACGGAACAGGAAUGUUCCAUCACGACGGACCGUUUGAUGCCUGUAACCCUAACCGGAACCGCAAGGGCGUGCGCACAGCACCAAUGCAAGCAUUCCCCCAGGAUUCCACUAACAUGGCCUUGGGUGGUGCCGGUCCCGUGAACAAGAACAUCGACCUGGACCUGUUCCAUGGCCGUGCCACGGAGGGAUGGAACGAUUAUGCCUCGACGGGUACUGCCCCUGACACCGUGGGCCGAUCAGCCGAGGGCGUCAGCUUCGACCCCAAGUCUAAACUUGAGCCAGUUCACGGGCCCACCAGUUUGGGACUGGGAACAAGCACAUUCCUGGACGGUGCUCCUGCAAGUCGCAAUGCUAUGCAGCGCCGUGCCAGCGAGAAUGAACAGGGCGUCGCCCCGGGUGGUGGAGGAUUGCAGAGAAAGAAGAGCCUUGCGCAGCGCAUCCGUGGAAUUAACAGAGCUCCCAGCGGUCGGGUCGUGUCCCCGGAUUCGUCGUACCCUGGCCCUGCCGGUUUGAGCGGCCAGCCCCCACGUGUGCCUGAACGCAAACCUUCUAUACAAGACUAUGACGAAGAGUGGGAUAAGAAGGGUGCGAAGAUCAACAGCGCUGAAGACUCGCGACCAGUCCCUGAAGCUGGCCGGGCCCGAUCCUCCAGCAGCCCUAAGCAGAGCACCUUCUCCAACGAACGCUCGAAUUCAGGAUUUGAUGAAAGCAAGCCCAACAACGGCAGCGGUGGAUUGCUCAACCGUAUGAAGAGUUUGAGAAGGCCACGUCCAGAGCGACGAGUCAGCGAUGACUAAACGGCUCUCUUAUCGUUUUUGUUGGUUUCUUGCAUUUUAGCGACGACAGAUUGUGAAGUUCGCCAGUGUCAUUGGCUCGGCGUCUGUUCUGAUGCAGGUCAUCUUAUCAAAAGAC